AUGUUACCGGCCACGCUCUCCAACAGAUUUUCACAGCUGUCCAUCGGCGUUUCGAGGACAAGCAUUCGACAUGGCCACUUCAUGCCGAAGCGGCAGAGGCCACAAUACAAGUUGGCCAAAUUCCCAGAGGGCCACGGCGAGCAGAUUUGGGUCUGGAGCCACCAGCUCACGAGACAGGUCGUCUACUCCCACUCGCAGAUCAUGGAGUCCCACCGAGCGCUCCGCCAGCUCCCGUUCAACGGCAAGAAACUCCGACCUGCGGCGCUCCGCAAAGACUAUUGGAAGCCCAUGGCCAUGAUCCAGCUGCCCAAGGGCGCGGGCGCCGCGGGCCAGUCCGUCUUCCAGAAGCUGCGCGAGUUCCGCAAAAUGCACGAGCUGUGCUGGGACGAUAGCCUCCGCUUCGAUGUAGUAAAAACCGAAGCGCUCCCUGGUAAGGACGCCCUCCGGGUCAAGCAGCGGCGCAGGGUUCUCAACAAAUUCGAGCGCGGCCAGAGGCUCAACGACCAGUACGCCAACAGCAUCGCCGACAUGGCGGCCGUCCUCGCCGGCAAGGGCCGCGGCAACCGCCUUUUCGUGCGAAGAGGCGACAGGGUCAAAGGUAGAUUGCAGGGCCGCAAAUGGCUCGACUACCGCAUGAAACUCGCAGGUCAGCUCAAGACGCUCAAGGAGCUCAACAAUGAUGCGAAACUCCUGCCGGUGACGGUGACCUGGGCCGUCGACGCCGACCGCAACUACGCGAGCUCUUGGUCGGAGAACGUCAAGCACAAGCUCUUCGACGACGCUGUGCGCUUGCUUGAGGUGUAUCGGCGGAAGGCCCCCGCGGCCAGCAAGAAGCCCGACGUCAAGAAGCCCGCCGCCAAGGACAACAUCAAGUACAGGUAUCAGGAUGUGAAGGACGACAUUCCCGCGGAGUUCAGGGAGGGGGGCAAGAAGAAGGCGGUUGGCGAGGACAGAACGAUCCCGGAGGAGAAGAAGAACGAGAAGGCCGAAUCGAAGCCGUGA